CGACAUGAAAACUUUACCCUCAUUUCUGCCCUUUCAAGUCCUGCCCUGGAAUGUGGGCCCUAAAUACACCAGGGGCCAACGCCUCCAUUUGCCUUUGUAGCCCCCGCAAGCAGACCCCCAGUGGCUGAGUGUCCCCUAGGAAGUCUGGGUGGUCUCCUCUUGUCGUAAAUCCCCCCCCUGUACUCAAGGGCCAUGUGUGAGAGGGGCUGCUGGGUAGGAGAGUGAGGGCCCCGUUGGCUGCUGGGAAUGGAAGCGCUAAGAGAAUCUGUGGGACAUUUCUCCUUUCAGAUGUCGGCGUAUAAGAGGGCCACGCUGGACGAGGAGGACUUGGUGGAUUCCCUGGGGGAAGGAGAGGUCUAUCCCAACGGCCUCCAGGUGAACCUGCGAGGAGUUGGGCGACGGAGCGGCUGCUGGAGCGAGAGGACUCACGUGGAGAAGAGACUGCUGGUGCUGCUGGUGCUGAUGUCUCUUGGGCUCUUCAUGAGUCUGUUGGCCCUGUCUCUCCAGUACAGAAACAGUAACCGCGUGUGUCUGUCAGAGUCGUGCAUCUCCGUCACCAGCUCCAUCCUCCGCUCCCUCGACCGCUCCGUGGAUCCGUGUCAGGACUUCUACCAGUACUCGUGCGGGGGCUGGAUAAAGGGCAACCCCGUGCCAGACGGACACUCUCGCUGGGGCACCUUCAAUGAGCUGUGGGAGCACAACCAGGCCAUCAUGAAGCACUUACUGGAGAACUCCACCAUGAACACCAGCAGCACGGCGGAACACAAGGCCCAGAGCUACUUCCAGGCCUGUAUGAACGAGUCCAAAAUUGAAGAGCUCGGGGCCAAACCCCUGCAGGAUCUGAUCCAGAAGCUGGGGGGCUGGAGUAUCAUCGGGCCAUGGGAUAAAGACAAUUUCCAGGAGACCCUGCAGUUGGUGACUGCUCAUUACCGGACUUCUCCCUUCUUCUCCGUCUUCGUCAGCGCCGACUCCAAGAACUCAAACAGCAACGUUAUUCAGAUAGAUCAGUCGGGCCUGGGCUUGCCCUCGAUGGAGUACUACCUGAACAAGACUAUGAAUGAGAAGGUGCUCACGGGGUAUUUAAACUUCAUGGUGCAGCUGGGGGUACUGCUGGGGGGUGAGGAGAACUCCACCCGGGAGCAGAUGCAGGAGAUCUUGGAUUUUGAGACCAAGUUGGCCAACAUCACCAUCCCCCAGGAGAAGCGGCGCGACGAGGAGCAGAUUUACCACAAGAUGACGGCGGGGGAACUAAAGGAUCUGGUGCCCGCGGUUGAUUGGAUGCCGUUCCUGAAGACGGUGUUUCACCCCGUGGUAAUUAACGAGUCGGAACCGGUAGUGGUUUAUGCCAAGGAAUAUCUGGUUGAGGUCUCCAGCCUCAUCAAUUCCACGGACAAGAGGAUCCUGAAUAACUACAUGAUGUGGAACCUGAUGCGCAAGACCAGCUCCUUCCUGGAUCAGCGCUUCCAGGACGCUGAGGAGAAGUUAAUUGAGGUCAUGUACGGCACCAAGAAGACCUGCCUCCCACGCUGGAAGUUCUGCAUCAGAGACACUGAUAAUAAUCUGGGCUUUGCUCUGGGUGCCAUGUUUGUAAAGGCCACAUUCGCCGAGACCAGUAAAGUGCAGGCGCUGAGAAUGAUAAAGGAGAUAAAGGCGGCAUUCGAGGAGAAUCUGAAAACCCUGAGCUGGAUGGAUGAUGAGACCCGCAGGGCUGCCAGGGAGAAGGCUGAAGCUAUAUAUGACAUGAUUGGGUACCCCAACUUCAUUAUGGACCCCAAGGAACUGGAUAAAGUCUUCAAUGAUUAUGACGUCACUGAUGAUCUUUACUUUGAGAACGGAAUGAGGUUCUACAACUUCUCAGCCCGAGUGACUUCGGAUCAACUGCGCAAAGCCCCCAGCAAAGACCAGUGGAGCAUGACGCCCCCUACAGUCAAUGCUUAUUACUCACCCACCAAGAACGAGAUUGUGUUUCCGGCUGGAAUCCUGCAGGCCCCCUUCUACACCAGCACCUCCCCCAUGGCUCAGAACUUUGGAGGAAUCGGCGUUGUGAUUGGCCAUGAACUGACGCACGCCUUUGAUGACCAAGGCCGAGAGUACGACAAGGAUGGGAACCUUCGUCCCUGGUGGAAGAACGCGUCGGUGGAGGCCUUUAAGAGACAGACGGAGUGCAUCACGGAGCAGUAUGGCAACUACACAGUCAAUGGGGAGGCUGUGAAUGGGAAGCAGACCCUGGGGGAGAACAUCGCAGAUAACGGAGGCCUGAAGGCGGCAUAUCGGGCCUACAAGAACUGGGUGAGGAAGAACGGAGCCGAGAAGCUCUUGCCCUCCCUCGGACUUUCUAAUGACCAGCUGUUCUUUGUGGGAUUUGCACAAGUCUGGUGUACUGUGCGCACCACAGAAAGCUCACACGAGGGGAUCAUCACCGACCCCCACAGCCCCUCCCGCAUCCGCGUCAUUGGCUCUGUGUCAAACUCGAAGGAAUUCGCUGAGCAUUUCCAGUGCCCCCCGGGAUCCCCCAUGAACCCCAGGAAGAAGUGUGAAGUCUGGUGAUGGCCGGCGAGGAAUGGCACGUGUAUAGGUUUAACCACUGGGGGAAGGGACCACUCGGGGAGCCCCCCACCCCUUUCCUUACGCAGACUUAACUCUCUGAUGCACUAAAUCCUUUCUAUGCACUUUCACUCUCUGCACACGCGCAGCUCCUGGUGUCCUAGUGAGAGGCUACCGAGUGCACGAGGAGGCGGCCAUAUUGUGCGUUCACUCUUGUAGCGGAGCCGUCGCACUAGGGGCCACUCGCACGUUGAUUAAAGGGACAGGCUCUCACAUUUCUCAUGUCACUGCCAGACUGUAUGAAAGGGAAGUGCUUCCCACCCCCAUAUGAAAUGAUCUGCUCCAUCCAAUCAGAUUGUGUGUCUGUGUGCUGGUCUGUACAUAUAUUGCCUGUGUAUAUAGAAGUGAUUUUGUACAUAUUUAUAGCGCCCCCUGCCUCAGAUUUAUACAAAGGGGAUUUUUCUGCUGCUUUUUCUAAGAUGAAGUUUGCCUUUAGCUGUGGGUGGGCUGCCCCGCUCCAGAAGGAAUAAAUGUGCCUAUGGUAUUGCCCCACUCUUAUUUUUUAAUCACUAUGGAAACCGUGCCCAGUACCAAAAUGAAUAAUGUCACCGUUGUGGGGGCAAAUAAAGUGCCGAAGGGGCUGCCUUGUACCCCCAAACACUCAGGGCUUAUCUGAAAGACACUCCCGUAACCCCCUUUAUAUAUGACUUGGUUUAUCCCUGUGGGCAGAGGCACCAGGUGGGAAUCACAAGAUUGUGCCAAGUUAAAUAAAUGAAAUACACUGCCCUGGUA